AGAGACCGACUCAUACACCUCACCUCACCUCACAACACGCCCCUUGACACAUCACAGAGAGAGAAACAAACAUCACGUUGGAUAUGUAGCAGAACUGCAGCACCUUCUUCUCUUCUCUCCGCUUCCACCCACCCACUCUCUCUCCCGUUUUCACUCCUUCAAUUCUCGUUCUCUUUCUCUCUCUAGCAAUUCACAACCCUCACGUUGCCUCAUUCAUGUGAAACUAUCUUUCUCCCUUUUCUGGCUCUCUCUCUGAAUUAUCUACCAUCUGUCUCUCUUUCUCUCGUCGAAACGAAGCAAGGAGAAGGAGUUUCUUGCUGUUGUAAUUGUUGAAGAAGCAACAGCAGAAGAAGAAUGGAGUCUACGGAAUCUUCUUAUGUGUCUUCUCCUGAGGGACCGAGGAAGCAUGCUACAUCGCCUCCUCCCAAAUCGCCUUCUCAAGAUUCUGAGGAGAAGCCAACAUAUAUUAGGUUUCUUGUAUCAAACUCUGCAGCUGGGUCUGUUAUUGGAAAGGGUGGUUCAACCAUCACAGAUUUUCAGUCACAGUCUGGAGCACGAAUCCAGUUGUCGCGCAAUCAUGAAUUCUUUCCUGGAACUACUGAUAGGAUUAUCAUGGUAUCUGGUGCAAUAAAUGAAAUACUGAGAGCUCUAGAGCUUAUUCUCGCUAAGCUGCUCAGUGAGCUUCAUAGUGAGGAAGAUAAUGAUGCUGAGCCAAAAACAAAAGUAAGACUCAUUGUUCCUAAUGGUUCAUGUGGUGGGAUAAUUGGCAAGGGAGGUACUACCAUUAGGUCAUUCAUUGAAGACUCCCAGGCUGGCAUUAAGAUAUCUCCUCAAGAUAAUAAUUACUAUGGGCAGAAUGAUAGGCUGGUGACCCUGACAGGAAAUCUUGACGAGCAGAUCCGUGCAAUUGAAUUAAUUGUUGCUAAGUUAGCUGAAGAUCCUCAUUAUGCACAGUCCAUGAAUUCUCCAUUUUCAUAUCCUGGUGUUUACUUCUCGGGUUAUCAUGGUGUUCCAUAUACAUAUGUGCUUCCAUCUGUUGCACCAGGGGCAUACAAUGCAGUGAAUUACAGAUCAAAUGGUACUGGGGGAAAGUUCCAGAACAGCAAGGAAGAGCGGAGUAACUCGGUGACUAUUGGUGUUGCAGAUGGGCAUAUAGGAUUGGUUGUUGGUCGUGGUGGAAGGAAUAUUAUGGACAUUAGUCAGGCUAGUGGGGCAAGGAUAAAGAUAUCAGAUAGAGGCGAUUACAUAUCUGGAACAACCGAUAGGAAAGUUACCAUAACAGGAUCCCAGAGAGCAAUUCGUACAGCCGAAUCUAUGAUAUUGCAGAAGGUUGCUUAUGCUACUGAAAGGGUGAUCGAGUAGUUUGCUAGUGCCAUUGUCUGUUGGUAGACCCUUAGUGAAUCUGCUUGCUAAUUGCUUAUACAUUUGCUGAAUUUUGGGAUUUGUUUCCAUAAAUUAUCAUCACAUGAUAUAAUUCUGGAGAUCUUUAUUGUAGUGGGAGAGGGCAGCAUUUUUUUUUUCUCUUGAAUUGAGAUCGGUCUUAUAGGAUUUCUUCUCAAACCCCUUCAUCAGACAAGGUCGAUUGGAAAGUGCAUUCGUGCUUUUCCAAAAUGUAGUAUUUAGAACUAUAUUCUUUUUUUGUAAGUCAGCAGUUGCUAAUGUCAUAUACGAUCUGUAUCCUCAAUCACUGGCCAGAGAUAGAAUUUGAAAAUUAUUCUGUGAUAGGAAUCAAGAAUUCACGUGAGUUGUCAGAGUCAGAACCUCACACCCCAGAGCGGUGUUUAUUUUUUCAUCGUAGUUAGUCAUUGGUUGAACUUACUCUUUCUUUUAGAUUAAUAUGUGGUGACUUACAGGUCCACUGAGUUAG